CCUUUAUUAAUGAUAAGACUAAAAAAGAGUGUAAAGAUUGGGCAGAAAAGCAUCUUAAUUGGACAACUACCAACUGGAAGAAUCAUAUAUGGAGAAGGCCAGGUGAAGAAUUUAAUGAUGAUUGUUUUGUUCCAGCUAUCAAAUCUAAAGAGAUUAUGAUGUGGGAUGUUUUUUUUGGUGGG